AUCACUUAACUCCUAGGUUCAGUAGCUAUGCACUCAAAUUUAUCACUUCGCGAUUCGCGCUCCUCGAGUGACGGAUUACAUGUGCCACCGAUAUGGUUCUAAAACACCCAAAACAUAUCACUCGGCAAAAUUGCUCCACGGCCAGCCGUUUCAAAAGUGUUUCGAAAAUAUUUAAAUCGUGCUUAUCAGUGAAACUCGACCACGAAAAUGACCCGCAUAAACGCGCACGGAGUCAAAAAGAAGGACAGCUUUUUUGGACCUUUUGUGGCAUCCAUCCCAGCUUUUGUGACGCAAGUGCUGGCCGGAGUUCUGGAGGGACACGCCGCGGUCCUUCUGCCGCAGCUAAAUGAUGCCUCAAGCCCAGUUUCCAUCAGCACCGAUGACGCUCCCUGGAUAGUGAGUUUGGGUUUUGUUCUCACUCCUUUUAUUGCGGUUAUUAGGAAGCCUUUAAUGGACACCUUCGGUCGAAAAUGCAACUUGUAUCUAUUCUUCGUCCUAUCAACUUUUGGCUUUCUGUCUGUGUCCGUCGCAUCGGCACCUGCUCAUCUCUAUCUCGGCCGUGUUAUUUCUUCAGCAGCUUACGGUCUCAGCCCUGACUCCUUCGUCUACGUAAGCGAAAUCUGUGCGGACGGUCAAAGGUCUAGCUUCCUUUUCUUCCUAAGCCUAAUGCGUCCAGUGGGGUUGCUGAUGGUCUACUCUCUCAGCAACAUUUUGGAAUGGGGCAUUUGUUCAAUGGUUUUUGUAGUGACAUCACAUAUCGGCCUUCUCUUCGUUUUCCACGUGCCUCAGUCACCUGUCUGGCUGGUCCAACAAAGUAGACUCGAGGAGGCAGCCACUAGUCUUAAAUGGCUCCGAAGUGACCAUGACGUCAUCGAUAAGGAAAUCGCUGCGAUGAAAAUUUCGACCCCAGACGAGGAAUUUCAGCAACGGUCCGGGCUCGCCGCGUUCUUCAACCCAUCGAUUUUCAAACCCUUGGCAGCCUUGGUUGCCUAUUCAGUCUUGCAACAUGCCACCGGGCUUUUAGUCGUUCUUAGCUUCGCACUAGACUUUUUCGGCUCGCUCAGUUCACCGUUCAACCCGGCUUAUGUGAUAGUCUGCAUAGCGUUUUAUAGGAUAUUUUUAACCGCGUUUUGGGUUUACCUUUCGAGUAAGUUUGACAAGGUCUUUUUGACCACCACAGCGGCGUUUGGCGCAGGUUGUCUGGUUCUCUCUGUGUGCGUCAUGCAAGUUGCCUAUCCUGAUGUGGUCGGGCGAAACGAAUCUCUUCAACUAUUACAGCUUUCUCUCUGCGCGAGUUAUACUCUGAUCGGUGGCGGCAUUGAUUUUCAUAACUUGCCGGUUGAUCUGAGAACGGUCUUUCCACCGGAUGUGCUGGGCACUGUUCGAGGUUUCGUAAAAUUUUUGGGUGGCAUGUUCUUGUUUUUAUCAAUGUUGUCUUAUCCGUUCCUCGUCAGGGUUUUUGGCCUGAGUUGGGUUUUGUUUUUCUUUGGAAUAAGUUGUUUUUCUUUUGGAUUGUUAGUGAAGAGCCUGUUACCUAAAUUCAAGGGUAAGACUAGAACAGAUGACACUGAAGGCACUCACUCCACGAGACUGCAGCUGACGACAUACCUAUGAUCUUUAAUAGAAAAUAAAAUAGACGUACUUUUUGCGUAGAGGGCUUUAAAUGACUGCCCAUGGCGUCGAAUAAUUGUAAAACCGAAAUGUUUCUCCGAAUUAAAUAAUUUGUAUGCGAAUAUCCACUCAUCUACAUAUCGAUGGUCAAAGUGCGAAACCACGAAUUUCCAUUGCGGUGUUUCAAAAUCUCUGAUCCUAUUUUAUUUUUUUAAAGAAACAUGGAAAAAGUAUCACAAUCCCAGCUCUACUCCUGGCUACUUUUGGCGCCAGAUAUAAGAGUCGUUGCACCGGUCAGAGGCACGGUUGAGUCUACCGAAAGUGUGGUUGGAUCAACCAUACCACUAACUAGUACAGCUAUACUCUUAUAUCUGGCGCCAAAAUUAGCCAAGAGUAUAGUUGGGACUGUGACACAUUUUUUUCGGUGAAAAAAAGACAAUUAUACAGCUAGAAAUCUAUAAUAUUCUACUAACAGAGAAGAAAUAUCAAGGAAGUUUAAAAAAACUAAGCGCUCGAGUUGACUUUAGUUUUUAAAUGAAAAAAUAAAGUAUAUGGUAGGAAGUCUGCGACGUUGAAAACAAAGAUAGGUCGUGGUUUGUGGUUCCGCACUUUGGCCAUCGACAUGUUCCUGUUUUCGAUAAACUUGUUUGUGAUAUAUUUGGGAUCAGAGAAUCAAUAAUGAUUCCUUCGGUACCUAUACUUACAACCUUGUUUUACGUAUAGUUUCAAUGAGCGUGUUUUAAGCGUAUCGUUAAAGAUUUUCAUCCUACAUUAGGAGUUUCUUACACUGAUUUAUAAUAUUUCAUGUCUCCUUGUUUACUCUGACAGGGAAAUAACUGUAUCAUACCGCAACAGUAAUGACUCAAUUUUGAUGCACGUACAAUGUAAUGCAGUAGGUACUUUAUUUGAAAAAUUGAGAUAAAGUAAGGAAAAAAAUUAAAAAUACUCAAUUUGGUUGGCUUUUUAAAUGGAGCAAAAUUGAAAUGUGCCAAAAAAUCGACAAUUAUGGAGAUUGAGCAUUAGUAGCUCAUUUUGAUAUAUAUGUAUUGAAAAGAAACAAACGAAACUUAAAGUCUUUUACAUUCCCGAUUCAUAGAGCUAUAUCCUCAAAGAUUUCUUAUGGCUUCAAAAUAAUUGCAGAUGCUUGUCAUAAAAUUAUGCUGUGAAAAAUACCAUUGUGAAUACUUUUGAUACACUUAAAUGUUUGAUGUGAGUAUCGGUGGCACAUGCUAUCAGCUUAAAUAAAUGUAUUUCUCUUUUAAUUUCAAAA